GUGCUGCCCACCACCAACCAGUCGGUGCAGACGUGCUGCUUGCUCUGUCACCGGGAGCGCAAGGACUGGGGAGGGCCGUCCCACAAUGGGCUGGUUUCCCCAGGCGAGAGGCUACCACCAGACUUCGUGCCAACGCUUGUGCAGAACCUCCUGGGAGAAAUGCCACUGUGGAUUUGCCAGAAGCUGAGCGCUUCAGACGUCCCUGUCUCGUUAUCCCACACAUCCUGCAAGUCACAGUCUUGUGGGGGUGGCUCCCACUCCUCUUCCUCCUCCUCUUCCUCUUCUUCCUCCUCGUGCCACGGGAACUCAGGGGACUGGGACCCCAGCUCUUUCUUGUCUGCUCACAAGCUCUCAGGCCUCUGGAACUCUCAGCACACCAACGGGGCCGUGCAGGGCAGCCCCCUCGGGGCCCCCCCUGCUGUACUAGGCGAUAAGCACCCAGGCCUUGCUGUGUCUCCAGAGUGCACCAGCCAGGCGCCGGCCGUGGCACCAGGGCUCAAGGCUUGUCCCUACAGCCACGCAGCCUCUCCCACCUCCAGCAGCGCCGCCCCGGGCUCACCUCUGCCUACCUCACUCGACUUCUGCAAGACGCUGCCGAAGCAGUUCAAAAGCAUGUGCCGGAGGGCCACCCCACCAGGUGAGGCCUUCCACUCCUCAGAGCAUCAUCAGCACUCCGACCUCACUGCUCCUCCCAACAGUCCCACGGGCCUUCCCUCCCAGACACCAGUGCUGAUACCCUCCAAGCAGACGCCUGCCCAUGCGGGGCCCUUUGGUUCCCCGCCACACGUCCCGGUGGGCACCUCCCCGCAGGCUGUGCUCUUCCCUGCGCCCAGCACGCAGGUGGCAGCCCCGAAGCCGGUGUCCGAGUCCCCUCCUGCUGGCACGGUCUCGCACAGCCCAGGGUCAUGCAAGAGCCCUCACCUGCCCCCUGCCAAUGUGCCGCUGCUGAAGAUGCCGCCUCCGCUGUCGGGCUGCACUCAUCCCUGCAACGGGCACUGUAGCACUUCGCUCAUCCCUUCUCCUGCCUCCCACCAGCUGCCCAGCACGAACAGGGACCCCUCUUGUAAAGGGCACAAAUUCUCAAAUGGUACCAGCUGCCACCCGCCGCAGCCAUGCGAGGCAGAUGAGGGGCUCGGGGAGGAUGAGGACAGCAGCUCCGAGCGCAGUUCCUGCACCUCCUCCUCCACCAACCAGAAAGACGGGAAGUUUUGUGACUGCUGCUACUGUGAGUUCUUCGGCCACCCGCAGCCCCCAGCUGCUCCCACCAGCCGCAACUACGCUGAGAUCCGGGAGAAGCUGCGCUCGCGCCUCACCAAGAGGAAAGAGGAGCUGCCACAGAAACUGGGGCACAACAGCAGCUCGGGAGAGCCUGCUGUGGACCACCGCAAUGUGGAUGAGCUACUGGACUACAUCAACAGCACAGAGCCCAAGCCCUUGAACAGUGCCAAGGCAGCCAAGCGCGCACGGCACAAGCAGAAGAAGAAGGAGAAGGAGAAAGCCCAGCUGGAGGCGGAGGCCCAGAAGCGGGCGGAGCGCGUCCCUGCAGCCAGCCAGGCCAGG